AUGACUAGACCCACCAGCAAGAAGCUCCCUUCUAAAGUCUGCUCAUCUAAAUUACGAACUCGACUCGUUACAUCACCGAGUGCUCGGGACCAUGAGACUGCACAUGCUAGUGAGGAGGAAUUAUCCCCAAGUCUAAAGAGACCUGAAGGAUCUACUUGCUCGGGAGCUUGUGAAAAGAUUGGUGGAUGUGAGAGGAAAGAGAAGAGCGUGAGUUUGGAGUUUUGA